GAAACUUCCUUUACAAUGACAUGCUGCCCUAAUUAAAAGCUGCUCAAAAUUCUUUUUUAAAAUUGAGGAAAAAUUCUAAAAACAUACACUAAUCCUAACUAACUGGCAAAACCACCGAGGCACAAAUGAACCGUACCCAACAAAAACAUCAACCGGAGAAUAAGCAGAACUAGAUGGGAUCGACCAGGGCUGCGAGUAAAGGAACUUUUGCGAAAAAGCUUUUAUCUCGCGAUUGAGCUUGGGCGCCUUUUGCCACUAGCCAUCGCGGUGUCGUAGCGGACGGAGCUUUAUAUCAAUUAUAAAAAAAACACCUUCGCCGCGUAACUACUGUUCGCAUCCUGUUCAUCAAGUGCGUGUCCUAAGUUGAAAUAAUGAGUAAGCAAUUGGCGCGCCAUGUGGGUCAGCUCAGCAAGCUCCUAAGCAACGCGACGGCGGCGGCAUGCACUACUUCCGCCCACAACAACUACUUUACCUACGUGAAUGAGCUGUCGCAUCCCAUUGCCCGCGACCCACCGAUUGUGAAGCCGGCUGAGGCUGUUGCCUGCAUCAAAUCUGGGGACACGGUGUUUGCACAGGGUGCUGCUGCCACGCCCGUGGCGCUGCUGAAUGCGAUGGCCAAACACGGGAAGGAAAAUAAGCUUGAAAAUGUGACAGUGUGCCACAUGCACACGGAAGGUCCAGGAGAGUACGCUAAGCCGGAGUACAAGGACAUUUUUCGCUCCAACUCGUUCUUCAUGGGUGCCAAUGUGCGAAAGGCCGUGGCCGAGGGACGUGGCGACAACGUGCCCAUUUUUCUGCACGAGAUCCCAAUGCUCUUCUAUAAGAAAAUAGUGAAGCCCGAUGUGUCCUUCAUCCACGUGUCGCCGCCCGACUCCCACGGUUACUGUUCGCUAGGCACCAGUGUUGACUGUGUUCGGGCUGCUCUGCUAAACUCGAAGCUUAUUGUUGCUCAAAUUAACCCCAAGAUGCCGCGAACGUUUGGCGAUGCCAUUAUCCACAAGUCGCAUUUCGACUUCGCCAUCGAGACGAACGACGACCUGCCGCAGCACGGUACCGGCGAGAUUUCUGCUGUGGAGCAGAAAAUUGGUAAACUGAUCGCCGAGAACCUGGUCAAGGAUGGUGCUACGCUGCAGAUGGGUAUCGGUAGUAUCCCUGAUGCUGUACUCGCCGCCCUGCACAACCACAAGGAUCUAGGAAUCCACUCCGAGAUGUUUGCCAAUGGCGUCGUCGAGCUCGUGAGGAAGGGCUGUGUCACCAACAGCAAGAAGAAGAUGCACCAAGGUCGAAUUGUCGGAUCCUUCCUUAUCGGUGACCAAGCUCUAUAUGACUUUGUCAACAAUAAUCCCUUCAUUGAAAUGUAUGCCAUCGACUACGUGAACAACACCAGCAUCGUAAAACAACAACCCCGAAUGACGGCAAUCAAUAGUUGCAUUGAAGUAGAUCUGACAGGACAGGUUUGUUCUGACUCGAUUGGUACUCGUUUUUACUCUGGCUUCGGUGGCCAGGUGGACUUUAUCCGUGGCGCCGCGGAAGGACUGGAUGGACUGGGUGUUCCUAUUAUUGCUAUGCCCUCGACCACCAAUAAGGGCGAGAGCAAAAUUGUCCCCACUCUGAAGCCUGGCGCUGGCGUCGUCACUUCUCGCGCCCACGUCCACUACGUUGUCACGGAACACGGCAUUGCCUCACUGUUCGGAAAGAAUGUGCGUCAAAGAAUGUACGAACUCAUCCAAAUCGCCGAUCCCAAGCACCGCGAAGCCUUGGAAAAGGACUGUUUCGAGCGCAUCAAGGUGAUGCCAUGCCCAAAUUAAGCAUCACCACCUAUAGAAAACAAUUUCUGGGUAGCAUCCCUGUGUAGCAUUAUUUGAAGGCAUUCCCGAAAUUGUUUUAUCAUUUUUUUAGAUCUGCAAUGACGAUAUAGCCCUUAGCAUUACCAAAUUUUUGAAUCCAAAUUGACGAGCAAAGAAUUUCAAUUGAAAAAUAAAAAUAUAAACGAAAACAAA